AUGAAGAUAACAUCUCAGAGACAUGCCCGUUAUUUCUCAAAUGAUCUGGACGACGAUGUUACCCUGGUUUUCCCUAAGCCUAGUUGGCAGCUCAGAGCCUGCCUUGCCUCUGUGUUGUUCACCCCUGUCCUCUACCAACUCUACCUCAUUAUGGUCACCAUCAGAUACAUACUCUUCUUACAAACCUUUUCCUCUCCCCCACGUCCUGCUUGCCCUGUGGUUGACUUGAGUUGGACCGGAGUGUUUCCUUGUGAGCUGGGAUGGAGGGGGAGUGCACUGGCUGUUCUCAUUCUGUCAGCUGUGCUUAUCACCUGCUACUCACUCAUCACUGCCUGCUUGGUGAGAUGGAACCCUCGGAAACAAUGGAACUCAACCACAUCAGGUAAUCAAUUAUAUAUUUACUGCCACAAUAAUUAUAAACGUCACUCUUACUUUUUAGUUUUUGAUACUCAAGAAAAGCCGACCAAGUUCCAAGUGAGAGUUCAGAGCGCUAAUCGGCCCCCCACUCUCAGUCUGUAUAUACUGUUACUGAUAUUCCGCUUACUGUUACAGUCAGGAGAUGUUGAAGCAAACCCUGGACCAACGCUUGGCUCAAUUCUUACUCUCAAUGAUUUGAAUUCUGUUUACAAGAACUUGAUAAAAGCCGCUGGAGAUUGGUUAGACCUGGGACUUGAUUUGGGAUUAGAUCUUGGGAUCCUCAAAAAUAUAAAAGAUGACUGUCACAGGAACAAGGAUUGUCUACGUGAAAUGAUAGCUGCUCGCUUGAAGACUGGCCCUCUCACCUAUUCUGACAUAGUUCAGAGUCUCAGAGCACCAACAGUUGAUCAGAGUGAUGUCGCCGAAGCUAUUGAGAAAGAAUGUACAGUUGACGAUACUUCACCUGGGCCAUCUAAAACAAAUACGUCUACAAGGACUGCUGAACCAACCAAUGACGAUACUCCACCUGGGCCAUUUAUGAGGCAAGCAUUGUCCACAACAACUCCUGGACCAACCAGUGGUGCUGGACUCACAGAGAGCUUGGGAAAUUCAAUGCUAGAUACGGUGAUAAAAGAUGAAGAUCUGAUUCAUUUGGCUGCUUAUUUUGAUAGUGCUACACUUCUUGCUGCCGCAAUAUCACUAAACCCUCACGAAGACGGUGAUGUAACGCGAGUAAAAGCCAGUGAGGGCACACAGAUUGCAGUACAUCUAUGCUUGAAAUACUGGAAAAGAAGAAAACCCAAAGAAGCGACAUUUCAAGCACUUCUAACUAUUGUCCGCAGUCUGGGAAAAGAGGACACAGCCACCAGCAUUGAAGAAUAUUCAAAAACAGUAUUUUACCAUGCAAACAAUUACUUACUUUCAGAUGACCAUACUUUGCUUGGGCCAUCUCAGAAGCAAAAAUUGUCCACAACGACUCGUGAACCAACCAAACACAAAUCCGAUAUUCGUUUCACCAUCCAACCAGAUAAAGCAAUAGGAAUUUAUCGAUCAUACUUAACUAGUAUUUACGAUACAAGAUAUCUCCCUGCUGAUGACAAAUAUCCUCUCCAGUGUGUUAAGCAUUUUGUUAACCUAGAAUGUGCGGAUGUAAGUAAACAUUUAUCGAGAAAGGAAAUCGAAAAUUCCUGGUCAAAAAUAGUUAAAGGCAAGCUGGAUAGAUUUCCUAGAGAGAGAAUCACAAUGGACCAGAUAGCUUCCAAAGUAGAGGGCAAAUUCUCUAAACUAGUUGUCAUUAAGGGGGCUCCUGGAGGAGGUAAGACGACUUUGUCAUGGGAACUGUGCAGACGAUGGGCUAAUGGUGAAGUUUGGACAGAUUACUCCCUUGUUGUGUUGCUCCGACUUCGAGAUGAGAAUGUUCAGAAAGCUGUAGAAUUAGUUGAUCUAUUUCAAUGUGAAGAUACUGAUUAUUCCAAAAAUAUUUAUGCUAUUAUCCGAAAGAAUCAUGGGCUGGGCAUACUUUUCAUUUUGGAAGGCCUGGAUGAGUUGACACCAUCCCUUAGAGAAAAUGACUCCAUAUUUAUGAAGCUAAUAACCGGACGUCUUCUGCCAGCUAGUACCGUGCUUGUUACCACUAGACCCUGGGCUGUAUGCGAUCUACCUGUUACUUGUAGCUCAAGAGUUGAUCAGUUCAUUGAAAUCUUAGGUUUUUUUCCCGAACAAAUUAAAGAAUUCAUUGAUCUAAUGAUCAAAGAUGGGGCUCCACCAAAACUACGUGAAUACAUUGAUUCUAAUCCAUGUAUCUUUAGUGCAAUGUAUAACCCUCUUCAUGCCAGAAUUGUAGUUGAAGUUUACAGAGAAUGCCAUGACAAAAGCAAUAGCAUCUUUCCUAACACAACAACUGAACUAUACACUGCAUACUCUCAAGUUUUGAUUAAAAGAUAUGUACAUGACAAUCCAGAGAGUGAUUGGAGUGGUGAGCUGAGUGAGUUACCAUUGUCACUUCAGGUACAUUUUGAUAAGCUUUGCUAUAUUGCAUACGAUGGAAUAACAAAAGAAAAACAACAGUUGGUUUUUUUCAAAGAAGAUGUUGCGGAUGCUAACACACUCGGAUUCAUGAACAGUGUACAUCCUUUAUAUAAAUCCACAAUGAAAUACAACAGUUCUCCAUCUUACAAUUUCCUUCAUCUAACACUUCAAGAAUUCCUUGCUGCAUUUUACAUUUGGAAAAAUAAUACCUCACAUGAGCAGUUGAUUUUGCUUGAAAAAAAGUCUGAUGAUGGAUCUUACAAGAUGAUUCUUUCGUUUUUAGCUGGAUUGACUAAACUGAAUGACCCAUGGACACGGUGUGUACUUCCCACUCCUUAUUUGUACUAUGAUAAAGGAUCGUUAAAAGCCGAGAGAAUGUGUACAUUCUCAAAUGAUCAAAUUCUGUGGAUGUAUGAAAGCCAAAAUGUGCAAGCCAUGAAGGACUUGUAUUGUAAUGUGCUGUAUGAACCACCGCUAAAAUUUAAUGAUAAGACAAUUGGUCAGUUUAUGCUUGGUUAUGUUUUAGCUUCUGCUCAUUUCAAAGUAACUCAAAUGGACAUGUUGGAGUGUAGUAAAGGACGUAAUGUUGUGGAUAGAUCAAUGCUAUUAGCAGGAAUCAACAAAGUUUCGCCUUCUCUUAGGUUAAGAGUAAAGCAUUUUAUAAUGUCUAAUACAUUCAAGAUUGUUUCUGCUCCGCGUACACUCAUCGAUAGGAUACUACCAAAACUAGAAAACGUCACCAUCAUUACCGGUAUGCAUAGAUUAGAAGAAUUUGAUAGGCCUGAGAUUUCACAUGCAUCAACAAUUUUGGACACUAUACAGCUAUCCCCAAACUUGAGUGUUGUAGAGCUAGAUUUUGGCAUCUCAAGAGACACUGUAAAACGAAUACUUGAUAUUUUGAAGCCAAAACACUGCUUGAAGGUUUUGAAGUGUGCUCAAGUAUCGCCAGCUGAUGAAAAGUUGUUGUCUGACUUUGUUGCACAUUCUAGUAUUGAAAUGUUGGUGAUACGUUUGGUACUAAAUCUUAACAUUUCGAGUCUUUCAACCCCACCCACCGCGACUGUCCAGGACCGCAUUAUUUCAAUUGGAUUGAACGUAACAGAGUUAAAAAGAAAUAAAACGAAAAUCUUACCACAUUUACUGUCUGAAUAUCCAUUUACAAUUAAUUAUGAAGCAAGUAAAUUUCCAACGGACGAUGUGGUUUCUUUAGUGUCUACUAUCAACAAGAUUAUUUCAAUCUUAAACCACUGGAAACUAAGCUUACAAUAUCUGCGAUGCUCUAUGCUAUUUCUUCAGUUGAACUCCACUCUAUCUGAGCAGCUAUCUAGGACUCUACUCAAUUGUCCGAUACUUAAAGAACUUGACAUCAAAAGUGAAACAAAGGGCCAAUUUGAAUAUUUCUGUACCCACCAGCACUUGCAAUCACUAACUUUGUGUUGUCCUGAUAAUGGCUGUGAAGUUUUACGUUCACUCAAAGACAAUCGAUCAAAUUGCAUUAAAAGCCUCACGCUUAUAUGUAACUUUGACUACAACUUUGAUGAAGCUAUUGGUGAGUAUCUACAGACUGACACAUCUCUAGAAGAAUUUACACUACAUUAUAUUGAUUUUAAAAAUAGCCUGAGUCAUUUAGUGCAGGGACUGCUAGUUAACACAUGUCUAACUAAGCUAACUAUUUCACCAUAUAAUACUGGCUCAUUUGUUUUCGCAAAGCUUGAUAGUAUUGAACUGGUCAAAAUUUUACAGCUUAAUACAACUCUGCAAUUCAUUGAACUUAUGAUUCACAAACUAUCGCCAAAUAAACUACUCCUCGUUUUGGAAGCAUUGAGAGAAAACAAUUCUGUUAAAAAUCUGACACUCGGUCUAUAUUUUUUAGCAGCUACAAAACGCGAGGGCCAGAAUAUUACAUCAGUACUUACACGUGAGUACACUGUUACCACUGAAGAGGCUGAAGCUGUCGGUAAUGUGUUAGCCAAGAACAAGACUCUAGAGGUGUUUCACAUCAUUGCUGAGAUCACUGAGUGCUCCCCAAUUGUCAGGGGGCUAUUGGAAAACAAAACACUGAAAGAAUUUGGCACUUCUGAGAAGACAAAAAAGAAUAUUGUGACAUGUCCUGAGUAUGCUGAUGUCAGACGAAGAAUUUUUUUUAAAGGGCGUUCCCCGUUAAUUGUACAUUGAUCUCUUUAGUUUUUUAAUUACUCUUGGUAGGCUUAUUUAAUAUAGUGAAAAUGCACGUGGACUAGGUAGCCCUAAUGAUGAUAGUAAUAUACCUGUUAUAAGUAUGUUAUAUAUAAUGGUUUGUAUAAUUAUGUCUGGGAUGUUCAUGUUCAUGUUCAUUGUCUAGAGUAUUUUCCCCACAUUCAUCUCUAUAAAGUCACUUAUUUCAUCUCAUUUUUUUGUCCUGAUGAAUCGCGAAAAGCUUUGACUAUAA